AUGCCACAGAACUCUGAUCAAGAACUGAUGCCAUCUUCUCCUGUCAAACUGAAUAAAUGGAAAGAUCAUGUAUAUAAUGUUGCGCGGAAGCUCUGGUUUCUAUUCAUAUGCAAUAAUGGAACAUUAGAAGGAUGGCCCGAUUUAAAUAUUGAUGAAAUGAGGACUACUUUCAAACUUGACGAUGCCGUGUUCCAUUACAUGGCUAUAUCAGACGACAUACAAAGGAUUAUACCAACAGCUCGUGAUCGUGCAGGAGGCCAAGUUCUCAAAGAUAGAGAAGCCGUUUUGCUGACAAAUCCUAGCAAUCCAUCCCUCAAAGGCGAGGUGGAUGACACGUACCAUCAAAUUCAACUAGGAAAUCUUGUAUACAAUCCUCCAAGAAAUGGUCCAACCCUAUGGGAACUUGGGAUCCCCAAUCGUACUCCUGCUGAAUUCCACGUGCCUGAUCCAUCGCCGGAGUGGAUGAACCAUUUAUUUACUAAACAAAAUCAGAAGUAUAGACAAUACGGAUUGUGGGAUAGAUAUACAGAUUUAUAUCUUGAUCAAGAUCUAGUUUACACUGUUGGAACCAGUGAUUACAGAAAAGAUUGGUUCUUUGCUCAUGUCAACAGGCUUAUAAGUCCAAGAUCUACUUAUAUUGGAUUGGCUAUUUCUGGAGACACUGGUUCAUGGGCUAUCAAUUCUGGACACAAGCUGAUGACAUGGGGUUCUUUUGUUGUUGCAAAUAUGGACAAGGCACUAAGGUUUUUAGUUUUAGGAGGGUUUCUUGCGAUUGCUUUUUCAUUGUUCUUGCAUCUUGGUUCUGCUGCAAAUACCGCAAACAGAUGGAUGCCACAGAACACUGAUCAAGAACUGAUGCCAUCUUCUCCUGUCAAACUAAAAAAAUGGAAAGAUCAUGUGAUGUUGGACAAUGGCAUUGUUAAACUCACAUUAUUAUCUCCAAGUGGUUUGAUUGCGGAAAUACAAUACAAAGGAGAUAAGAAUGUCCUCGAAUAUCAUUUAAAAGAAAAUAGACGAGGGUAUUGGGACAUGGUGUGGAGUAGGCCAGAAGAGCGUAAAAGUUUUUUCGACGAGUUUGAAGGGGCAAGUUUCAAAGUUGCUGCACAAACAGAAGAUAUGAUCGAAAUUUCAUUCAUGAGAACAUGGAAUUCCUCCGAUAGUUACUCUUACCCCUUGAAUGUCGAUAUAAGGUAUAUAAUGUUGCGCAGAAGCUCUGGUUUCUAUUCAUAUGCAAUAAUGGAACAUUUAGAAGGAUGGCCCGAUUUAAAUAUUGAUCAAACAAGGAUUACUUUCAAACUUGACGAUGCCAUGUUCCAUUACAUGGCCAUAUCAGACGACAUACAGAGGAUUAUGCCAACAGCUCGUGAUCGCGAGGUGGAUGACAAGUAUCAGUACUCGUGUGACAACAAGUAUAGCUUAGCAUACGGGCGGAUUAGCACUGACCAUGACAUUGGAUUUUGGGUGAUUACGCCGAGCAAUGAGUUCCGUGCUGGUGGCCCCGUGAAAAAUGAUCUUACAUCUCAUGUUGGUCCCACUUCUUUAGCUGUAUUUUUUAGUGGUCAUUAUGCUGGUCCAAAUUUUGGAAUUAGAUUACGCAAUGGAGAGCCGUGGAAAAAGGUCUUUGGGCCUGUUUUUAUACACCUCAACUCAGGUUCAAGUAACAAGCCAAGUACACUUUGGGAAGAUGCUAAAGAACAGAUGCAAAAAGAAACCCAAAAGUGGCCAUAUGACUUUCCAAGUUCAGAAGACUACCCUCAGGCCAAUCAACGGGGCACCAUAAGUGGUCGAUUAUUAGUUCGUGACCGAUAUCUCAGUCGAGAAUUCAUGCCUGCAAAAUCAGCAUAUGUGGGAUUGGCUCCACCAGGGGAUGCGGGAUCUUGGCAAACAGACGUUAAGGGUUAUCAAUUUUGGAAUCAAACUGAUGAAAAUGGUUACUUCACGAUAAGUGGCGUUCGAGGAGGUACUUACGGCUUGAAUGCUUGGGUCGCAAGAGUGAUGGGGGACUACAAACAUGACACUGAUAUUGUCAUCACGCCAGGAAGUCAAAUUCAACUAGGAAAUCUUGUAUACAAUCCUCCAAGAAAUGGUCCAACCCUAUGGGAAAUUGGGAUCCCCGAUCGUACUCCUGCUGAGUUCCACGUGCCUGAUCCAUCGCCGGAGUGGAGGAACCAUUUAUUUACUAAACAAAAUCAGAAGUAUAGACAAUACGGAUUGUGGGAUAGAUAUACAGAUUUAUAUCCUGAUCAAGAUCUAGUUUACACUGUUGGUACCAGUGAUUACAGAAAAGAUUGGUUCUUUGCUCAUGUCAACAGGAGAACAAAUAGUACAUCCAAAUCGACGACCUGGCAAGUGUCAUUCGAUUUAACAAAUGUUGCGAGGACGCAAGCCUAUACGCUCCAGAUGGCACUAGCUUCUGCCACCUAUGCCGAAAUACAAGUAUGGCUUGAAGGGGCAAGUUUCAAAGUUAUUGCACAAACAGAAGAUAUGAUCGAAAUUUCAUUCAUGAGAACAUGGAAUUCCUCCGAUAGUUACUCUUACCCCUUGAAUGUCGAUAUAAGAUGCUCUGGUUUCUAUUCAUAUGCAAUAAUGGAACAUUUAGAAGGAUGGCCCGAUGUAAAUAUUGAUGAAACAAGGAUUACUUUCAAACUUGACGAUGCCAUGUUCCAUUACAUGGCUAUAUCAGACGACAUACAAAGGAUUAUGCCAACAGCUCGUGAUCGUACAGGAGGCCAAGUUCUCAAAUAUAGAGAAGCCGUUUUGUUGACAAAUGCUAGCAAUCCAUCCCUCAAAGGCGAGGUGGAUGACAAGUACCAGUACUCGUGUGACAACAAGGAUAGCUUAGUGCACGGGUGGAUUAGCACUGACCAAGACAUUGGAUUUUGGGUGAUUACGCCGAGCAAUGAGUUCCGUGCUGGUGGCCCGGUGAAAAAUGAUCUUACAUCUCAUGUUGGUCCGACUUCUUUAGCUAUGCAAAAAGAAACCCAAAAGUGGCCAUAUGACUUUCCAAGUUCUGAAGACUACCCUCAGGCCAAUCAACGGGGCACCAUAAGUGGUCGAUUAUUAGUUCGUGACCGAUAUCUCAGUCGAGAAUUCAUGCCUGCAAAAUCAGCAUAUGCGGGAUUGGCUCCACCGGGAGAUGGUUAUCAAUUUUGGAAUCAAACUGAUGAAAAUGGUUACUUCACGAUAAGUGGCGUUCGAGGAGGUACUUACAGCUUGAAUGCUUGGGUCGCAAGAGUGAUGGGGGACUACAAACAUGACACUGAUAUUGUCAUCACGCCAGGAAGUCAAAUUCAACUAGGAAAUCUUGUAUACAAUCCUCCAAGAAAUGGUCCAACCCUAUGGGAAAUUGGGAUCCCCGAUCGUACUCCUGCUGAGUUCUACGUGCCUGAUCCAUCGCCAGAGUGGAGGAACCAUUUAUUUACUAAACAAAAUCAGAAGUAUAGACAAUACGGAUUGUGGGAUAGAUAUACAGAUUUAUAUCCUGAUCAAGAUCUAGUUUACACUGUUGGAACCAGUGAUUACAGAAAAGAUUGGUUCUUUGCUCAUGUCAACAGGAGAACAAAUAGUACAUCCAAAUCGACGACCUGGCAAGUUUCAUUUGAUUUAACAAAUGUUGCGAGGACGCAAGCCUAUACGCUCCAGAUGGCACUAGCUUCUGCCACCUAUGCCGAAAUACAAGUUCGAUUCAAUAAUCCGUUCACAGCACGCCCUCACUUUACUACAAGGUUGAUCGGAAGGGAUAAUGCAAUUGCAAGACAUGGACUUCAUGGAUUAUACUCGUUAUAUAGCAUUAAUGUACCAGGAUCUCGACUAGUGCAUGGAAGAAAUACGAUAUAUCUAAAGCAAUCAAGAGGCGGAAAUCCUUUCAACGGAGUCAUGUAUGACUACAUUCGCUUUGAAGGGCCACCAGAAGUCAAACACUAG